AUGGAGGAGGCCUUCAACCCCCUCAGUUCCGCUGAAGCACCUAUUGCUAGAAUUACUUCUACCAAAGAAGGGUCCAUAACUUCUAUUCAAGCUGUUUAUGUACCUGCAGAUGAUUUGACCAACCCUGCUCCUGCUACGACAUUUGCACAUUUAGAUGCUACGACCGUACUAUCAAGAGGAUUGGCCGCCAAAGGUAUCUAUCCAGCAGUAGAUCCUUUAGAUUCAACGUCAACUAUGCUACAACCCCGGAUCGUUGGUGACGAACAUUAUGAAACUGCACAACAGGUUAAGCAAACUUUACAACGUUACAAAGAACUUCAAGAUAUUAUAGCUAUUCUUGGAUUAGACGAAUUAUCCGAAGAAGAUCGUUUAACCGUAGCAAGAGCGCGAAAAAUUGAGCGUUUCUUAUCACAACCUUUUUUCGUAGCAAAAGUAUUUACGGGUUCUCCGGGAAAAUAUGUUGGUUUAGCAGAAACAAUUAGAGGCUUUCAAUUAAUCCUUUCCGGAGAAUUAGAUGGUCUUCCCGAACAGGCCUUUUAUUUGGUAGGUAACAUCGAUGAAGCUACGGCGAAGGCUAUGAACUUAGAAAUGGAGAGCAAUUCGAAGAAAUGACCUUAAAUAUUUGUGUACUGACCCCUAAUCGAAU